AUGUCAGAUAGGUAUCCUCCUCUAGAGUCAAGCAUCCGAUUCCAGCUCGGUGAAUACCAUUUGCCCGAAUGGAAUUUCAAUGAUACCAAGGACCACCGAUUCCGGCUGUUAGCUGGUGACAAAUCCGACCUGAUCGUUAGAGACAUAGAUCAAGUGGUGAAACUCUCACUGGAUGGAACUGGAAGAAAUCGCACAGACUUGGAAUGGAGAGCAAGCAAGAAGGAAAUUCAGCAAUGUCGGAUGAAAGGAAAGACCGAA